UUAGAAUGUACUGAAAUGACAAAUUUUCUAUUAAAAUCAUCAAUCCAAUGAAUUUUAAAAUGCAUCACAUAUAUCGUGGAACAUAACCUUUAUUAAAAAAGAAAAAAAAUCUACCUACUGUAGUAUUAUACUAUGUAACUGUACAAAAAAAUUAGUGUAACCAUAUUGAACGUUUCAUUCAAUAUGUUCGGAUCGAACAAAAUUCCUUCCGUUUUCGUCGAUUUUUAAGCUAAUCGAGUAUUGUAAAAAGUGAUUUGUGAAAGAAGAUAUUACGGACGAUAGUGUCGAUACGUGGCCAGUUUGAUAUACUGUUUAACACUUCUAUCCCAUCUACUCGAUCAACAAUGUUAGAAAGAAUCUGGCCGAAUAAAUUAUAUUUUCUUAUCAUCCUUAUCUUAUUUGAUUUUCGCAAAUCAUAUGCGAAUAUUGCCACUCAUAAAAAUGCUGUAUUAAUCCUGGCCGACGAUGGAGGAUUUGAAAUGCGUUCCUAUUUAAAUAAAAUUUGUCAAACCCCUAAUUUGGAUAAGUUGGCGAAAGAAAGUUUAUUAUUUAAUAAUGCAUACACAUCGGUUAGCAGCUGUUCCCCUAGUCGGUCUUCUUUACUAACUGGUUUACCAAGUCAUCAAAAUGGAAUGUAUGGUCUUCAUCAUGGAAUUCAUCACUUUAACUCCUUUGAUAAUGUUCAAAGUUUACCAAAAAUAUUAAACAAAAAUAGUAUACGAACAGGUAUUAUUGGUAAGAAACACAUAGGUCCAAAUAGUGUUUAUCCAUUUGACUUUUCAUAUACAGAAGAAAAUAAUUCAAUCCUUCAAGUUGGCCGCAAUAUUACGAAAAUUAAGCUUCUAGUCAGGGAGUUUCUGUCUUACAAUAAAACGCAGCCUUUCUUUUUAUAUGUUGCAUUUCAUGAUCCUCAUCGUUGCGGCCACUCUCACCCAGAGUAUGGAAAUUUUUGUGAAAAAUUUGGCAAUGGUGAUGUGGGUAUGGGCAGCAUCCCUGAUUGGAAUCCAAUAUAUUAUCAAUGGGAUCAAGUGAAAGUUCCUUACUUUGUUCAAAAUACAGAAGCUGCUAGACGAGACAUCGCUGCUCAAUACACAACAAUUUCUCGUUUAGAUCAAGGUGUGGGUUUAGUUCUAAAGGAACUUGAAGAUGCUGGUUUUAAAAAUGAUACAUUAGUUAUUUACACAUCAGACAAUGGCAUACCAUUUCCAAAUGGUCGAACAAAUCUACAUGAACCAGGUUUGGAAGAACCUAUGAUGAUUAGAUCACCAAUCCCUGGACAUAGAAAAAAUAGUGUAACAUACAGUUUGACAUCAUUAUUGGAUAUUGUACCGACAUUAUUAGAUUGGUUUAACAUACCCUAUAUGAAUCAAUCUUCAUCUGAUGUAAAGGAAGUUUCUUCUCCACAAUUAACAGGAAAAUCACUUCUUCCACUUCUUGAUAAAGAACCUGUUGAAAAUGACACUGCUGUUUUUGCCAGUCAAACACAUCACGAAAUUACUAUGUAUUACCCCAUGCGAGCUAUCAGAACUAAGAGAUAUAAGCUAAUACAUAAUAUUAAUUACAAAAUGCCAUUUCCCAUUGAUCAGGAUCUUUUUGUAUCACCGACUUUUCAGGAUCUUUUAAAUAGAACUAGAAACAAUCAACCGCUUAAAUGGUACAAAACUUUAAAGAGUUAUUAUGAAAGACCAGAAUGGGAAUUUUAUGAUCUUAAAUAUGAUCCAGAAGAAAGGAAUAAUAUUGCAUCUAAGACGUCUAUGAAGGAAACAUUUACCAAUCUACAAAAUAGAUUGUUAAACUGGCAAAAAGUAACAGAAGAUCCAUGGCUUUGUGCACCAAGUGGAGUUCUCAUUGGAGAUAAGACUGAAAGUCCUCAGUGUAUGUCACUUGAAAAUUUUCUCUAGGUGUGACUUAAUAUGUCAGAUUUUAUUAACAUUUUUAGAAUUAUGAAAUACUCAUUAAUAUUUAACUAUUAUUAAUUAUUUUAACUUGUUGAAAGUAAUGAAAUUUAUGAUUUAUAUAUUGUGACAGUAACAUUCUAAAUAGCAUACUAUUUCAUUUAUUAUAUGUGGAGGGUUUAGAAGCUAAUUAGUGUAAGAUUAUGUUAAUAAAUACACACAUUUUUCUAUAUCUGA